AUGACAUCUUGGAAACUGGCGGCGGCCUUUGCCCUCGUGGGAUUCCGAGCCGUUGAAGCUCAAGACUGCACAUUUGAUUCGAUCACUCCCUCCCGAGACCUCGUCUGGUGCCCAUGUGAAGGCCAAUUCUUCUGCGCCAAGCUCGAUGUACCUCUCGAUUACAAGAAUCCAAGCCUUGGCAGAGCUUCCGUCCCCUUACUCAAGAUCCCGGCCGCCGCCGACUCCCCAGACGGCCCCUACCGAGGCGCCAUCCUCAUCAACCCAGGCGGACCAGGCGCAUCCGGCAUCGAGCUGGCGCGCUACAAUGGCACUACGGUUCAAGCCGCAGCCGGAUCCAACUUUGACAUCAUCGGCUUUGAUCCCCGCGGUGUCGGGAUCAGCGAACCGCGGCCCAAUUGCUCAGCAGGCAUCUCGAUUGGCAAGAACGGUACACUUUCCGAACGGGAUGCCCCUCGGGUGAUCGAUGGAUACUACCAACAGUUCAUCGACUUUGGCAAGGAGCUCGGAGAAAAGUGUCAAGCUCAGACUGGUGCUGAUACCGAAGCUGGCCCGCAUAUGACGACUGCUGUUACCGCUCGCGAUAUGCUCAGCAUUGUUGAGGCUUUUUCUGCUUCUCCUGACGGUAAUCGUACGGUGCUUGACUCGACUAAGCUGAACUACUACGGUGUGAGCUACGGGACCAUGCUCGGACAGACGUUUGCGUCAAUGUUCCCUGAUAAAGUUGGCCAUGUUGCCAUCGAUGGACUGGUUGACCCAGUUAGCUACCAGACGAACUUCACCUCGAGCUCUAUCAACCACGUCGACGGCGUUUUGGGAGCUUUCUUCGUGUACUGUCACGCCGCAGGCCCAGAUAUCUGCUCUUUCUAUACGGGAAACACUCCAAAGGACAUAUUCAGCCGAUGGAAUGCUUCAUUCAAGCAGCUUGACGCUCACAAGGCUGAGGCAGAGGGCUGGGCAAACGCAACUGACAUUGGCCUGGCACUUGUGACCUUCAAAGUCAGUGUCCUUAGUGCGGUGGUGCAACCGCUGGCCGAGUUUAGCAGAAUUUCCGACGUCUUCGUUGCUUUGGAGAAGGCAAUAUCGUCCAACUCCAUUGCUGCGUGGACAGAGCAGACGAAUGCGAUCUACGGAGAUCCUAAUAUGGGAGGAUACGUGAACCCCGAGCAGACUCUGGGCAUCUUAUGCUCUGAUCAGAGCAACAUCUGGUAUGGAAAGUCACUCGCGGACAUUGAGCCUCUCCUGGAUGGCUUGAAGGAUACGAGUAUCGUGGGAGAAGUCUGGUCUAGGACGAUGCUCGCAUGUCUCGAGUGGCCCAUCAGAUCCAACGACGUUUUCAAGGGUCCGUAUGGAGGUAACACCUCGUACCCGAUGCUCUUCACCAGUAACACGUACGAUCCUACGACACCCAUUGAGAACGCCAUCUCAAAUGCGCCCAAGUAUGCCAACGCUAGAAGACUUGUCACUGAUGGCAUGGGUCACACCACUGUCGCCACGAACAACAUGUGUGCGUUCGCCGCCAUUCGAUCUUACUUCCAAGACACCAUGUGUGGCAAGGAACACUACUGUCCUUUGGAACUGGGUCCGUUCAACGUUCAGCUGAAUGGAACGAUCAAGGAGAACCUUGAGGCUGUAGGACUAUCCAACCUGCGCAGCCUUUACUGA